ACUCACAACCCUCUUUUCACAGCUCUCAGCUGUGGGCUCUCCACUUAUAAGCCCCACCUGUCCAGGGUGGUCGGUGGUGAAGAUGUGAUCCCCAACAGCUGGCCCUGGCAGGUCUCCCUGCAGUACAGCAACAACGGACAGUGGCGCCACACCUGCGGAGGCUCCCUGGUGGCAGAAAAUUGGGUCCUGACAGCCGCUCACUGCAUCAGCUCCUCCAGGACCUACCGUGUUGUGCUGGGCCGGCACAGCCUCUCCACCGAUGAGUCCGGCUCACUGGCCAUCAGCGUCUCCCAGGCCGUGGUCCAUGAGGACUGGAACCCCAACCAGCUCUCCAAAGGGAAUGACAUCGCCCUGCUCAAGCUGGCUACCUCCGUCCCCUUGACCGACAAGAUCCAGUUGGCCUGCCUCCCGCCUGCUGGCACCAUUCUCCCCAACAACUACUCCUGCUACGUCACUGGCUGGGGAAGACUGCAGACCAACGGGGUUCUUCCCGACAUCCUGCAGCAGGGCCACCUGCUGGUGGUGGACUACGCCACGUGCUCCAGCCCCGGCUGGUGGGGCAGCACCGUGAAGACCAACAUGGUCUGUGCUGGAGGAGACGGCGUCAUCUCCAGCUGCAACGGGGACUCUGGUGGACCACUAAACUGCCCGGGAGCCCACGGACAGUGGGAAGUGCACGGCGUGGUCAGCUUUGGAUCCUCCCUUGGCUGCAACUAUUACCGCAAGCCUUCUGUGUUCACACGCGUCUCCAACUACAUCGACUGGAUCAAGUCGCUAGAGUCCAGCAUCAGCACCAACUGCACUAUGGUGUGGGCGUAUCAGGAUGCUCACUGGACACUGCCAGACUACCUUUCAAAUCAGGUGACGGCCCCGCUCACCCUACACAGCAGUGUCGUGAAGCAGCAGUUCUGUUAG